AGCUGCCGGGACGUUAUAGUGGACCGUGGCGAGGGCACCUGCAGUUGCAAUAUGACUUUGGAGGAAUUCUCGGCUGGAGAGCAGAAGACCGAAAGGAUGGAUAAGGUGGGGGAUGCCCUCGAGGAAGUGCUCAGCAAAGCCCUGAGUCAGCGCACCAUCACCGUCGGGGUGUACGAGGCGGCCAAGCUGCUCAACGUCGACCCCGAUAACGUGGUGCUGUGCCUGCUGGCGGCGGACGAGGACGACGACAGGGACGUGGCUCUGCAGAUCCACUUCACCCUGAUCCAGGCGUUCUGCUGCGAGAACGACAUCGACAUCCUGCGCGUCAGCAACCCUGGCCGGCUGGCCGAGCUCCUGCUCCUGGAGAGUGACGCGGGCCCCGCGUUGAGCGAGGGCGCCGAGCAGCCCCCGGACUUGCACUGCGUGCUGGUGACGAAUCCACAUUCAUCACAGUGGAAGGAUCCUGCCUUAAGUCAACUUAUUUGUUUUUGCCGGGAAAGCCGCUACAUGGAUCAGUGGGUGCCAGUGAUUAAUCUCCCUGAACGGUGAUGGCAUCUGAAUGAAAAUAACUGAACCAAAUUGCACUGAAGUUUUGAAAUACCUUUGUAGUUACUCAAGCAGUUACUCCCUACACUGAUGCAAGGAUUACAGAAACUGAUGUCAAGGGGCUGAGUGAGUUCAACUACAUGUUCUGGGAGCCCGGAGAUAGAUGACUUUGCAGAUGAAAGAGGUGAAAAUGAAGAAGGAAGCUGUGUGGAAACAGAAAUACAAGUCAAAAGGAACAAAAAUUACAAAGAACCACGCAGGAAGGAAAACAAAACUAUGUAUUAAUUUAGGAUGGUUGAGUUACAUUUAAAUAAACCAAAUAUGCUUUGUUAAAGUUUAAGUGUGCGGCAGUAGUUUGGGUAAUUUUGGUUUAUAUGCCCUCAAGUAAAAAAGAAAAAAGCAGAAAGGGUUAAUCAUAUUUUAAAACCAUAUUUUAUUGUAUUUUGAUGAGAUGUUAAAUUCUCAAAGUUUUAUUAUAAAUUGUACUAAGUUAUUUUAUGACAUGAAAGGUUAUUUAUGCUAUAAAUUUUUUGAAACACAAUACUUACAAUAAACUGGUAUGGA